AUGGAUGACGUUGAACUUUCACCAGUUUUACCAGUAUUUCGUAACUCGAAUAGACCAUGUGUAAACGUAUGGAUGGACAAAAUGUCAAAAGGAAUAUUAACAUCAACACACUUCAAAGAGCACUGGCGAAUUUGGGUUCCUAAAAUUUACAGUCCGGAAUUAAAUGGGAAUUGCCUGACAUGGAGCUUCAAUGAAAGCUCAGCACAAAACAUGUUAUACAACACACUAGAAGAGUUCAUCUGCAACGGAGACCCACGUGAGGUGUUAGACCAGCUACGUAAGAUGGACAAACCACCGUCAGUUUGCGGUAAAUUUUUUAAAGUUGGCGAGCCAACUUACAUUUGCCGUGAGUGCGGAAUGGAUUCUACUUGCGUACUUUGUGUCGCGUGUUUCAAAGAAUCAGCCCAUCAGAAUCAUAAAUAUAAAAUAGGUACGUCUCAUGGUGGCGGAUGCUGCGACUGCGGUGAUACGGAAGCCUGGAAAAAAGAUCCGUUUUGUAACAUACAUCUCGCUGGUUUGAAAUACAAAGAAUCAUCCGAGAAUAAAUUACCUGAAGAUAUUGUCGAAAGAGCGACAGCGACAUUUGAAGCUGUACUGAAAUAUUGUUACGAAUUACUGUCACUGGAUCAUAAUCCAAAUUUACCAGCCGAUUUAAGUGUAAAAGAAACUGACGAAGAUCCGCUCUCUUUACUCAACACCAAUGGUAAUUACUGUACGGUGUUAUUUAAUGACGAAACGCACACAUUCGAGCAGGUAAUAAGUACUCUCGUUCGAGUUUUAAAAUGUUCACAAAAAGAGGCCAUAGAAUUCGUAACAAAUAUCGACAGAAACGGACGCGCAGUGGUUAAGUGCUCUGAUUUUCAACAUUGCAGCGAAUUAAAAUCUGAAAUUGAAAGAUUUACAUUAAGACUCAACAGCCAACCAUUAAAAGUUCACGUUGUUCAUGCACACGUUAUUGCUCAUCAGAUAUUCGCAAUGAAACUGCUCGAUUGGCUGCAACAGUUUAUGAACCACUGUGAAGGUUUCAGAAUUAUUUUCAGCGACGUAGCAUUAAAUACAAAAUUACCAGACGUAUCAAUUGUCCAGGGAAUAUUAAACCGCGAUUCACAACUAUGGAAAGCCGCAAGAACUGCCUGGCAUCGUCUAUUUAUUUCUGGAAUGUUAAUGGAAUACGAAAGUAAAAAAGCGCUUGCUAUAAUAUUUACUAAAAAUUAUGGCGAUGUUUUGAAAGAAUUUAUCCGCGAUGAUCAUGAUCAUUCGUUUUCAAUAUCAUCAAUGUCUGUACAAUUAUUUACAGUACCGACUUUAGCUCAUUUGCUUAUUGCACAUCACGACGCGCUUUUCAUCCUUAUAAAUACAUUCAUGUCAGAAAGUUCACGGCGCUGUAAUUCUGCUGGUAAACUUGAAUUUGAAAGAAAUGUACCAAACACAUCAUUUAAAAGAGCAAUAUUCAUUUUAGCUGAUCUUUUAUAUCUAUUGAGCUCAAAACCAGACACGUGGACUGAUGAGUUACGUAAAGGUUUCAUUCACGGUGUAUCCUUUUUACUAAAGUUAUUGUGGAGUAUGCAGCUCAUGAAUCCUGUAUUGAGACAAGUAAGCCAACACAUGGAGUACGAGCCAGAAUGGGAAUCAGCGUUCAAUCUUCAAGUUAAACUCUCACCUGUGAUAAGUCUUACUUUGGAUUGGUGUGGAUCUGACAGGACGGUAUUGAUAAAAACUUUCCGACAAGUUCUAAAAAAGCUGGCCGAGCGAUCUGAAAAUGAAACAUCCCCACCAAGGAUUAUACGUGAACUAGCUGAACAUUCGGCCUCGUGUAUACAAUACGACGUAUCAUCAGAAUCAGUGUCAAUUCACUUGCCUAUAUCACGAUUUCUCGCAGGCCUUUUCCUUUAUUUAGAAAAAUAUGAUUUAAAUUUCAAUAGUAGCGAAAUAACAAUUCCGAAUCGUCUAACAAUGGAGCAAAUAAUAGAGCCCGUAUUGAGGACUCAAGCGAUGAUUGCACAAGUACAUGCUGGAAUGUGGCGUAGGAAUGGUUAUAGUUUAUUAAACCAAUUAUAUUUUUAUCACAAUGUACGUUGUCGCUCUGAAAUGUUGGAGCGUGACAUUAAUCUGCUACAAGUAGCGGCAUCAUUAAUUGAUAGCGAUGAAUUUUUAAUUCAUAUUAUCAACAAAUUUAAUCUUAUAAAUUGGGCAGAUCCAGACUUUGAAACAAAUACGUUAAAAAAUCCUGAAGAAGAUAGUAUAAGACAAACGAUAAAUCUCGUUGAAGAGCUCCUUGGAUUAUUAAUAAUAAUAAUAGGUGAACGACAUGUGCCAGGUGUAGGUCGUGUUACUGCUGAUGAUCGAUUGAAGAAAGAAAUAAUACAACAGCUUUGUAUUAAACCAAUGUCACAUUCAGAGUUGAGUAAAACAUUACCCGAAGGUGCUCUGUAUGAAUCAGGUUUGGAACGAGUUAUCAAUGACGUAGCAGACUUCAACAAACCAGCACAAAAUUCAGCUGGUAAGAGAUUGUAUGAAUUAAAAUCUCAUUUAUAUUCUGAGUACAAUGUAUUCUUUUAUCACUACACGAAAGAAGAAUUGAGCAAGUCUGAGGAAGCACAGCGUAAACGUAGAAAGGCAAUGGGUGAAUUGGAGUGCUGUCCGCCACCACAACUACCGAGACUCACUGAAUCCUUCAGUUUGGUUGCUAAUUUACUACAGUGUGACGUGAUGCUUCACAUAAUGCAGACGGUUCUUGAACGAGCGCGGAAUUUACGAGCUCGAAGUUUCUCAGAGCCGCAAAUCCACAAAAUAAUCCACCUGAUUGGUUAUGCCCUGCAAGAACAAAUGACUGGCUAUUAUCCGUUCCUUAAUUUUACAGAACGUGCUGCCAAAAAGAAUAUUUUCAAUUUACUUGAAGAACUUUUAACCAGCCCACGUAUCGAUGCGCAUAAAGAUUUAUUAACCUGGGCACUUGAAAAGUAUCGCGAAGCAACGGGUAGUACGAUUCCUCAAUCUGAAGUAUCUGCCGACAGUAGUCAAGCUUCCAACCCAUCAGCGUCUGAUAAGGAUCCAGCUAAAAAUAGUAAAGAAUGGAGAACUCAAAUGGCUGCUCAAAAACGUACCAAAGUAAUGGCUCUGAUGGCAGCAAUGCAGAAAAAUUUCAUGAAAAAAAACGCUAAAUUAUUUGAAAAUACCGUUUUAGACGUUAACAACAAAAGUAAUGAGCAUGGAUCCUCAAUGGACUUGUCUGAAUCUCUCGAGCAGUCUCCCGUGGCUAUGGGACCCAAGCAAACUCCCAGACUUGCUGAAGAAAAAACUUACACAUGUAUUCUGUGCCAGGAAGAUCAAACUGUGAGUAUCACCGGCGACGCGAUGGUUCUCGCGGCUUUCGUUCAGCAGUCUACAGUACUGUGUCAAGAUCGUGACGAUAUUAACGAAACAAACCCCUUGUAUUUGUCAUCAAAACUCGGCGCUUCGCCACACACAAGUACUUGCGGUCAUGUAAUGCACGCGUACUGUUGGCAAACAUACUUCGACAAUGUUUUAGCAAAGGAAAAUCGACGACCGUAUCGACUACGACAGCCAGCAAGCUUCGACGUCGAGAAACAAGAGUAUCUCUGUCCACUUUGCGAGUGUCUUAGCAAUACUGUACUACCAUUAUUACCGUCCUUAGCAACUCUACACCCGACAAAAGCCAAUAGGAUAAAUAUCGACUUUGAAACUUGGCUAGAUGCAUUGAGAGUCACCCUUAAUUGUCGAGAAAAAACAAACAUCACCGAAAUAACAGACCUGGCGAUGGAAAAUAAUCACGAGUCGAUUUGUCGUUACUGUAAAAAUUCAAACUUUCAGCAUUCAACAGACGACAGUUCAUCGAAGGUAGACACUAUUGCUUGUCCUAUUCGGAAAAUAUACAAAGAAAUGGGCAAAGAAGUAGCAGCGGCGUUUGAGUUAAAAAGUCCUGAGCCAGAGAUCCGCUUAUCUGAUCAUUUAAUAUCAAUGAUCCACUUAUUCGCUCAAACUACUUACACUAAAGGACUAGGCGUUGAACCUCAUGAAGAAGAUUCACGUGUGCCCCUACUGGCUUUCAAAUCUACUGCAUACACAGUCCACGCGAUUGAAUUUAUGCUACGAGACUCAGAGAAACCACUGUUGGGUUCAUUGCCGUCAAGACUAAGAGACAGUCUCGAUUGUCUUGCCCGGACAUCUGCUAUCCUCGGACACACGUGGUCACCCUACAGCGACCAUGCAAGACGAAGGGAUUUCGGUACUCACGCUCUUACUCUGCUCUCAUUGUUGAUAGAAAAUCCACACAAUGAAAGUUGUUUCACCGAGUGGGAUCCCUUUGGUAUUCUCGUGCCGCUGUUGGUAACAUUUCCCAGUCUCUUUGCCAUAAAUCCCGACCGAUCACCCCCGAUAAUAACUGGUGAUAAUCACGAGUCACAUUUAUUGAAGCUAGUUUUCUUGGCACUUGUUACAAAAAUAAUUGCCACAAGUGAUUUUGAGAGUAAUGAAGCAAUGGAUGUUGAUUUUUCAGAGGAAACUAUUGAAGAAAACAGUGAUGAUGAAAAUUGUGAUGCUUUACUUGCAUUAAUGGACGGUAUUAAUAUAAAAACAGGCAGUUGGACUUUAAAUCAAAUUUGGAAGAAAAUAAAGGAAGCAAGUUUACCAUUUUUACGAUGCUGUACGCUCUACAUUCAUUAUAUAACAGAUGUACCUGCUCCUCUAGAGCUUACAAAUAAAGGCGGUGAUAAUUAUGAGAAUAUUUGCGCUUACCUCGGCUUACCAACGACUUGUGAUGGGUUAUUAAAUUCAGAAAGUGUACGUACACUUGCUAAAAAAUGGAUGGAACAUCCACGAGCUAGACUACCAGUUAAAGUUAAGGAACCACUAAAAGUAAAUAGUCUUGUUGAAUUACCUGAGGAUUACAGUGAGCUUAUUAAUUUGGUAUCACUAUUUACAUGCCCGACUAGUGAUCGUGAAGACUCACGUAAUCCAACAAUGUGUCUUGUUUGCGGUGAAAUGCUCUGCUCACAAAGUUACUGCUGUCAGUCGGAAUUAAAUAAAACAACUGUGGGUGCAUGUAAUUAUCAUUCGAGCGUUUGCGGAGCUGGAAUUGGUAUAUUUUUACGUGUACGGGAAUGUGAGAUACUAUUUUUACGUAGCCCCAGUAGAGGUGCAUUCACAUGCCCACCUUAUAUUGAUGAGUACGGUGAAACUGAUCAAGGACUUAAACGUUGUAAUCCACUUAGUUUGUGCAAGAAGAAAUACAAACAAUUGAAUCAAAUGUGGCUGGGUCACGGGCUUCAUGAAGCUAUUGCUAGAUCACUUGAAUCUUCAAGUAAUCUUAUAUCUAAUCAAUGGCAACAUUUAUAA